UUCCGAUCGUCAAAAGAACAUGAAUUACUCACGCGUGCUUCGGGCUACCAACAUUCUGCUGAUUUUGACCGGCUACCAGUUGCAUUGGUUCGAUAGGAAAUCUCGUCGGUUUGAAAUCUCCUUAAUAGCAGUUGUAAAUGUGUUUGUUCUGGGCUGCCUAUACGCCGCCUGUUUUGCCCAACAUUUUAGGCCAUCUUCAAUGUUAAAAGUGCUUCACGAUGUGUCACCGCUUCUGUAUGGCUUAACUCGUGUCCAGCUUAUGUUGGGACUAAAGGUAUUCGCCUAUGCCAUUUACUCAUCUGCGAGAGCAGUGGUCGGGAUCAACUCCUUGAUCGAAUCUUUUCCAGCAGAUGGACGCGCCCUAAACAAAGCAGAAAGUAUAGCUUAUGGCUUUCUGGGCUCCACCCUCAGUGUUCUCUUUGGAUUUGGCGUCUAUAUAGCCUACAAAAUGGAUUUCAAGUUGCCCCUUCUACAAGAAGCCAUGAUAGGCAUGGCUCUUUUCCUUCCACACCUGGCUCUAGGAGGAUCUGUGCGACUUUACUGCAUUCUCGCGUGGCUCUCAUGCGUGAGAUUAAAGCAACUGAAGAGAGAGGUGGUGGAGGAGUUUAGCACCAACUUGAAGAGAGAUGAAGCGGACUCGGCGUCCACAUCUUUCAGUAUCUCUCAGCCACCGGUUACCCGCUCUAAUUCAGAUGGCCUGGAAUUAAAACGAAGGCAACUGGAAUCGCUAAGAAACCGAUUUAACUUCUUCUUCAGGGACAUGCAAUUCUCAUUGCUUUUUCUAUGCACCAUCAAUGCGAAUUGCUUGCUAUCUGGAGCCUACUCCUAUGUAAACUUCACAAAUAGCUGGCAUCUUUUGUUCGAAGAGCGGAAACAACGCAUCUUCUAUGCGGCUAAUGCCUCGAUUUAUGCUUGUAUUGGGUGUGACUACAUGUGCCUACUUUUGGCUCAAGUCUUGAUGGAAAAAGAGCUGCUUCUGCUUCAGUGUCUAACCAUAGCCCUGGUCAUCGUCUUUCACUACCUAAACGAUGAAAUAAUACAACUAAAAGAACAACUAGAAAGUAUGAAUGAUGAAUAA